GAUAAUCUUUUCUUCCUGGGUCGUGACAGAUUAUUACCUGCUUGUGUUCAAUGGGACGACGAAUUCACUUUGUGGUUGACCCACAGGGUUGGUGCUGCAUGGGCCUGAUUAUCUUUGUCUGGCUGUACAAUACAAUCUUCAUUCCAAAAGUCAUCCUUUUUCCUCACUAUGAAGAGGGACAUAUUUCAAUUGUGGCAAUUUUGUGUUAUUACUUCUGCUCAUUGUUUUGUAUAGCUUCAUUACUAAGAGCCUCAGUGGCUGAUCCAGGAAAGUUACCUGAAAACCCAAAGAUACCAAUUACAGAACGAGAAUAUUGGGAGUUAUGUAACAAAUGCAAUAUGAUGAGACCAAAGCGUUCACACCACUGCAGUCGUUGUGGACAUUGCGUGAGGAGGAUGGAUCACCACUGUCCAUGGAUUAAUAAUUGUGUUGGUGAAGACAAUCAUUGGCUGUUUUUACAGCUGUGUUUCUACACUCAGAUCCUUAGUUCCUAUACACUGAUACUUGAUUUCUGCCAUUACUACUACUUUUUGCCUCUGAAAAAAGAAAACUGGGAUGUUUUUGUAUUUAGGCAUGAACUUGCUCUCCUAAGAAUAUCUGCGUUCAUGGGUCUAAUAAUAUUAGGUGGAAUAAGUGGACUCUUUUACACUCAGCUAAUGGGUAUUUUCACUGAUACUACAAGUAUAGAAAAAAUGUCAAACUGUUGUGAAAACAUAUCGAGGCCCCGAAAGCCAUGGCAGCAGACCUUCUCAGAAGUUUUUGGCACUCGUUGGAAGAUCCUGUGGUUAAUUCCUUUCAGGCAAAGGCAACCACUGCGAGUUCCCUACCACUUUGCCAAUCACGUCUGAACAGAUGGAUGGUGGGCACAGAUGGGUCCUCCAUGCUGGAAGUGCGUUACAGGUUUUAUGAUAAUAGGACUAUGACAGUCUUAAAGGAAAUUAAAAUCCACCCACCAAUCAUAGGCAUCACAAUGUGCCCCAGGCUUUAUUUUAAUAGUGGUCUUGAUUCUGUUCUGAGAUUAAUAAAAAUUGUGUGUUUAACUUUAGGCAUAUUUACUUUCAAAUUAAAUUUCGAAAGGGAUUCCUUUUGUCUUUGAGGUAAAUACCAAAACCAAAUGACUGGAAUGGUUUACUCUAUUUGUUUGAUACUGUCUCUUUUGAUUUUUUUCUUUGGUAGGAAACACUGAAGUUUACAUUGAUUGUUAGCUUUCCCACUAAGUGUCUUAUUCUGCCUUGAAUUUUUUUUAGUGUUUUUAUCAGUAGGUCUGUCUGGAUAAUAUUCAUGCCUUUUUUUCUGCUACAUGUGUUUAAAAUUCCCUGAUACUGC